AUAAGCGUCUAGACUUGAUUAAAAAACAAGUGGAAAUUAACAAUAUUCAAGUGUUUCAUGCCUCCAUUUUCCCGGAAUCCGCAGCAAAAACUGUUGAAGACAAGAAGGAAUCCACACUUAAGACUGUUGAAGACAAAAAGUGCAGGAGCAGUCUGGUUCUGCUAAAUACGUAAAAAAAAAUCGUCGUUCUGGCAAGUUUAGGGAAAGGGUUGACAGGAAACUUAUUAUGGAGAAAAUUCCAAAACAUGUAGCAAAAGUCAUGGAAGAAAUGUUUGAAAAACUUGAUAGCGGAGAUAAAGAUUGCCGUAGCACCAAUAGUAUCUAUAACUACCUUGAUUGGUUGACAGCGUUGCCUUGGGGAGAAUGCAGAUUCUUGACGAGGAUCACUACGGAUUACGUGAUGUAAAAGAAAGAAUACUAGAGUUUAUUGCUGUGGGAGAACUUACGGGAAAUCCAGAAGGGAAGGGGAAGAUCAUUUGUCUCUCUGGCCCUCCUGGGGUAGGAAAAACUAGCAUUGCUCGCUCUGUUGCGCGUGCCCUGGACCGCAAGUUCUUUCGGCUCGCUGUUGGAGGACUAUCUGAUAGUUCCCAGAUUAAGGGGGACCGUAGAGUAUACAUUGGUGCCGCUCCCGGAAAGAUGGUGGAAUGUCUAAAGGAAGUGGGAACAGAGAAUCCUCUUGUUCUGCUCGAUGAGAUUGACAAGCUUGGAAAGGGUAGUAAAGAUCCAGAGGGUGCGUUGUUGGAGCUUCUGGAUCCAGAGCAAAAUUCACAUUUUCUAGAUUACUUUCUUGAUGUUCCUAUCGACUUAUCAAAGGUUUUGUUUGUAUGCACUGCAAACAAUAUAGAUAGGCUUCCAGGUCCUCUACUAGACAGAAUGGAAGUUAUAGAACUCGCAGGGUACACUGCCGAUGAGAAAAUGCAUAUUACUAGAGACUAUUUGGUGAAAACUGUACAAAAGAAAUGUGGCAUUAAGCCUGAACAGGUUGAUGUGAGCGACAAAGCUCUUCUUUUCUUGAUAGAAAACUACUGCAGAGAAGCAGGAGUCAGAAAUCUCCAGAAGCAGAUUGAAAAGAUUUUUCGCAAGAUUGCUCUUAAACUUGUGCGCCAACAAGCAUCCUCCAAAGCGGCUAUGACUGAUUUAAAGUCCUCUGGUGAAGGAUCCAUUGAGAUGCUACAUGAAUAUUUACGAUUACAGGAACUAGAAUACGCACUUGGUGGGGGUCCAAUGAGCGAGAAGAGCAGAGCGGUAGCUGAAAAGUUUACUAUUGACGAAUCAAACCUUUCAGAUUAUGUAGGUAAACCGGUUUUCGAAGGCGAGAAGCUCUAUGAGCAGGAGGAGGUUUUGAGGAUCUUGAGGAAAGCUCUAUUGAUGUUCAUUUCGUCGAUGAAUAUGAGCAGAUCUUCGAGCUAGCCUUUGGCUAUGACCAUUAGAAGAAUGUCACUUUCACUUGGGAUCUUCCUUUUUUUUUUGUUUUUUGAGCAAAUAUCACUUAGGAUCUUCCUCUGUUGUUGUUUCUACUAUAUACUAUCGGCUGUGUUGUAAAAAGCGGUCUAGGCGGUUGUCUAGACGGCGCUUAGACGCUAGGCGUUAAAAGACCAUGACGAUUACU